GAGGGUAACCUUUCCCUCUCCGCACCGCCACAUCCUAGCCCGAAAGAGGAAAUGUAAUCCGCCAAACUCCGCGUACAUUUUCCUACGCGAAGUCCACAUCUCUACGAAUAGCCGUACAUGUAUCCGUAACCAUCCGUACUAUCGUAGCAACCCCUGGUCCGGACGCCUGUCUGAGUAAGUACAGCUUGAUGACUUUGGUCCAUCUCUGCUCGAGCACGACGACAUCAACUGGCCUCAAGACAGCAUCGCGGGCAUGUUGAGGGAUGUCUGAGCAUGAUUCGCCCGGCGAGAUAUGGAAGAGUCCUCUGCCGUCGCUCCUAGACAUCAGCGUUGCGAGGCGGGCUGGCCAAAGAGGCCUGGAUGAAGACACAGUCACAAAAGACACUCAGGAUGACUCUUUCCAAUCUAUCUCAAUUGCCCCGUCGUUGAGUCAACAUGGUGUCGGAAGACCAUUCGAAGACAGGGAAAAAGCGAGGUUAUUCAUGCACUACAUUCAUGAUCUCUCUACAUGGGUAGACGUGAGCGACAAGCGUCGACAUUUCGGAACAGAAGUGCCCAAAAGAGCAUGUCAUUCACCCCUGCUUGCAUACGCGAUCAUAGCAUUGGCAUCUCGAAGCCUCUGCUCCAUCAAAGGAACAGAUGACUCCAAACCUUCUACCUAUUACAGCCACGCCUUGCAAAUCUUGAUCCCGAUCCUGGGCAGCUCUACAGAGGCCCUUAACGAAGAAGUUCUGGCGGCGAUCGUAAUAUUGAGACAAUACGAAGAAAUGACUGAUACUGACUUUGGCGUUCAUUUAUCCGGCAGCUCUAAGCUUCUCAACUCCAUGUUCAGCCUUGCCAGCAAAGGUGGACUGGGGGAAGCAGCAAGCUGGAUCGUAUUGCGCCAGGACUAUUGGGUUGCUCUGGUCAAAUCUCAGCCUCUGAGCAUCAACUUGGAUAGCUACAAAGGUUCUAGCUCGUUCGUCGUUUCCGAUCCCGAGUGCCUCGCCAACCGUGCCGUCUUUCUGUGCGCGCAAGCUUGCGCAUACGCCUUCCAACCCACCAUGGUCAGAGACCUCGAUCGAUGGAAUAAACUCAACCAGGAGCUGGGAAACUGGCUCGUCUCUAAUCCUUGGCACGCAGAUCCUCUUUGGGUAGACCCGCCGCAUGAUACAAGUGCCAAUGGAUCUGCUUUUCCAACGGUGUGGAUGACGCACCCUGCGCAUGUGGUGGGAUACCAGCAUUACAGUCUUGCGCGAAUGAUCUUACAUAUUUUCAACCCAUACCUUAGCAAACCGAGUCUUGAUACCUUUAGGCGGAGGAGGGAAUCAGAGCAAGCAGUUCUGGACAACUUCCGUCUCCUUCUAGGCCUCGCGAUUAGCAAUCCGCUGGUAGUAAACGCUAGUUUCACAGCUGCCCAUGCAUUGAGAGCUUGUGGUAUAUAUCUCACGGACCCCAAAGAGCAACGCGAAAGCCUAGAUUUGCUCGACAAAAUACAUCAACGGACUGGAUGGCGCACGAAGGAUUUGGAGGAGCAACUGAACUCUCAAUGGUCACAAGAUAGUUGCAAUAGUGCCUUUGGGCAUCUUUUUGCAGAGGCUCGGAACUGAUAAAAACUGAAAGUCACCUCGGCUUUGCUUGUCUCUAUCACAUUUUUCCGCAGAGAAGAAGCUUAGAGCCAAUGUCUAGGACAGACGUUAGGUUUCGGCAGGGUCAAUGCUGCCUGCAGGCUAUGCCUGCUUCCUGGCAAGGAAUCAUCAUCUAUAAAUCAAACCCUAGCGCUUAGUCUACCUUUGUUCGAAGUUUGUGCGUAUGGAUCUACAUGUCCUUUUGUAUGAAGUAGUUGUACGGGGGUGAGCAGACUGGUACAGCAUCUUCAGUAGACAGGAACUGAGUAAAUACUUUCUAUUUCAUUAAGCAAGAGAGAACUUUCUAUCUGUCCCCCA